UGUCCUCUUACAAAUUACAAUUAACCCAAAAAUGCCAAAAAUGUUUUGUUUCUCUACAUAUUUCUUACCACUUCUUUCUAUCCUCUUCUUAAUAUCUUCUUCUCAAGCAAAUGUUCCUCCUUCUUCCACAUUCAAGAUUGUCAACCAAGGUGACUUUGGUGAUUACAUUGUUGAAUAUGAUGGUAAUUAUCGUACUCUAGACGUAUUUAACAGCCCUUUUCAACUAUGUUUUUAUAACACUACCCCAAAUUCCUACACCCUUGCUCUACGUAUGGGUUUGGUUCGGUCCGAAUCGCUUUUUCGAUGGGUUUGGGAGGCGAAUCGGGGCAACCCGGUUCGAGAGAAUGCCACUUUUAGUCUUGGGACAGAUGGCAAUCUUGUAUUGGCUGAUGCUGAUGGGCGUAUUGCUUGGCAAACCAAUACAACUAACAAAGGUGUUGUAGGCUUCAAGUUACUACCUAAUGGUAACAUGGUACUUCAUGAUGCCAAGGAUAAGUUUAUAUGGCAAAGUUUUGAUUAUCCUACUGAUACCCUCUUAGUGGGCCAGUCACUUCGACUUGGUGGGCCUACAAAGCUCGUGAGUCGGGUCUCAGCCCAACUUAACUCUAAUGGGCCUUACACCUUUGUGAUGGAGCCAAGAGUAUUAACAAUGUACUAUAAAAGCCCAAAUAGCCCAAAGCCACUCUUGUACUUUAGUAUGCUUGAUCUUUCCAAGAGCUCUCUAAAAGAAGUAACUUUUAGUUGCUCCCCUGAAAAUGAUGAUAAUUAUGCUUAUGACAUAACAUUUGCAUACCAAAGUGUAGAUGGAUCAAUAGGAGGAAAUGCUGAAAUUGCUAGGCCAAAGUAUAAUAGCACUUUGUCUAUACUAAGGCUUGGAAUUGAUGGCAAUCUAAGGGUAUUUACUUACUCAGAUAAGGUAGAUUGGGCUGCUUGGGAAGCUACAUUUACUCUGUUUGCUAGAAACUCGCCGUACGGGUUAUCGGACACCGAGUGCCAAUUGCCGGAAAGGUGUGGAAAAUUCGGGUUAUGUGAGGAUAGCCAAUGUGUGGCAUGUCCUACACCCAAAGGGUUACUAGGAUGGAGCAACAAGUGUGAGCAACCAAAGCCAAGUUGUGGGAGUAAAACUAGUUACUAUAAGCUUGAAGGAGUUGAUCAUUAUUUGAGCAAGUAUACUAAAGGUAAUGGUCCAAUGACAAUUGAUUCUUGUGGGAUGAAAUGUACUAAAGAUUGCAAGUGUUUGGGAUAUUUCUACCAUCAAGAAACUUCAAGGUGUUGGAUUACUUAUGAUAUUAAGACCAUCACUAAAGUCUCCAAUAUGAAACAUGUGGGGUACAUCAAAGUUUAAGCAGAUAAGGGUGUAUGUUUAGAAAAAUAAUUGUUGUAUAUCAAUUAUUGUAUUCAAUGUAAUCAUGUGACCGCAAUGAGUCAACAAAUAUGAAGAAAAAACCGCUGGAUGCGUCAUUAAUUUA